AUGCCCAAACAAACUAGAAUAAUCCCUUCUCCCGGCGAGGUCCCCAACACCAAACGCGACGCCCUGGCUGUCUUUGAAACACUCAAGGCCGGCGGCGUCGCCAUCGUCCCCUCUGAAGUCGGCUACGGGCUGAUGGCUUCCUCAGCCGAAGCAAUAGACAGAGCGUUUGCUGCAAAGAAACGCAAGCCCGGACAUGCACAGGGACUAAUAGGUUCCUUCGAACUCCAUCGCGACUUGCACAUUAUGUCUGAUGAGAAAUUUGAAAUGACUCGUGUGCUCACUGACGAUAUGGAUAUGGGGAUCGGAAUCGUCGCGCCAUACAAAGCCGAUCAUCCAUUGAUACAAAAUGCGGUUACGCUGGAGACGCUGGAGAAGACGACAAAAAACGGCACGUUAGCUAUGUUUGUUGGCGGCGGUUCGCUUUUGAGGGAGAUCUGUCGAUUGAAUUACGAAGCCGGCCAGUUGAUGGUGGGUUCGAGUGCUAAUCUUACGGGUCAGGGGCAGAAGUUUAGAGUGGAGGACAUUGAGGAAGAUAUCAAAGAGGUAGCGGAUCUCAUUGUUGACCAUGGGCUGCAGAGGUAUCACGUAUACGGACGCGCCUCGAUUGUGAUGGACUUUGACGAGAUGAAGAUUCUCCGCAAGGGGAGUUGCUAUGAGCUGUUUAGGGACAGAAUGAAGAAGUUCUGGGGCGUUGAGCUGGAGGAGGACGAGGUUUGGGACAGACAGGACUAG